AUGAUCUACAGCUCCAAGAUCUACAUACCUAUCUUUUCCAAGCUAUACGCUCGUAGCCCUUGGUGCCUUGACUCGCUCACACUCAUGGUAGAACACACGUCUAGAUCAGGUGGGAAGGAAGAGAUCCUGCCCGUUUUCUACAAUGUGGAACGGUCUGAUGUGAAGCUGGAAACUUCACUCUACAGACGCGCUCUGGACACUCACGAGAAGAGCUUUGGCAAUGAGAAAGUCGAGCGGUGCAAGAAGGCUCUUGUGGUGGCUGGUAAUGUCAAGGGAUGGGAACGAAGCUCAUAUGAAAGUGAAAAUGAACUUUUCACAUCCAUCGUUGGAAAUAUUUUGUAUAAGCAGAUGAUAGAGCUGAAUUGUGUUUUUGAAGGUCAACGCAUUGGUCAUAAUCCCAAGUUAUCUUACAGGACCUCGUCGUCGUAA